AUGAAGUUUUCCACCAUCAGCGGCGCUUCCACGCUCUUCUGCAUCUUAACACCAGUAAUAGGGCUGAUAGUAGAGCUAGCGCUGAUACCAGUGCCUGACAUGAACCGAGAAUUCAGCUUGCAGUGCCCAAAUGGUCCCGAAUAUACAAAAGCUGAACUCUUGCAAAAAGUUCUGCUUGCUAGACAAUAUAUGCAUCCCGAUAAACCAGAAUAUGAUUUUCCUCGUGAAUACAGUAAUCUUCCGUUCGGCAUUCCCGGAGAUCUAUGGUAUUAUCCUAUGGCAGAGGGCCCACAACCACAUAUUUUCGUUGUAUUCAACUUAGAAAAUCGAGUAGCGGGCGCUGUCAGCCGCACUAAUGAUGGAAACGGUCCCGAUGUUGUUCAACCUUGUGAUUUCGUGUAA